AUGGGGUUUUCAGAAUUACCAUUCGAAAUUCUUUUGAAAGUAGCUGAUCUUUUAUCGCGAGAGGACAAACGCUCUUGUUCUCUUUCGUGCAAGGGAUGGAGAUACAUGUUUCAAGAGAUUCUGUGGAAAAACAUAUAUAUUCAUGACUGUGAUAGCUUGCAGAAUCUUAUCGACAUGGUUAAAGUCUCCCAAAGUACAUCCAUAUUUCGCGGCCCCUGGGUUUACAGUCUACACAUAAAUUAUUAUUGCUCUGCGCCAGAAAUAUUAGCGAUACAAUUCUCUGAAUUAUUCAGAUACCUACCAAACCUGAAGCGCUUGGAUUUAAACGGUGAAAUAUAUAAAUAUAUUUACACAGAUACAACAAGAUCAGACAACAUAUGGAAUUCUCUGGAAAUCUUGAUAGUAAAAUACAGCGCAUAUACAGAAAGACAAUCAACAAAAGAACUGCCUGAAUUUAUAAAUACAUGUAACAUGCUCCAACAAUUACAAAUAAUUAAGUGCGGAGAUGGUUUUCGCUUGGAGUUCGGUGUGGAGGACUUUAACAACAUGCACCAAAACUUGCAAAGCCUAUCGUUUAUUGACGCUGAAAUGUAUCUCAGUUCUGACUUUUUGACUACACUGAACACAAUUCCAUACACGACGCCGGCACUUUCCGUGACGUCCCUGGAUAUAAGCUCGAAAAAAUACGAAAACCAUGACGGUGAAUUUAGUAGAAACUGGAACGAAUGGAAUCCUUUAUGGCUAUACUAUUUUGGCUACAAGUAUCCAAACUUGCGAUAUCUAAAGCUAGAAGCUACGAACAUAUGCUCUGAUGCGAUAAGCUCAGACGAGAGGCAAACAAUGAUAUCUCUUUUUCGAUCCAACCCCAACGCAUUUCAGCACCUUGAAACAUUUGAUCUCACUACCGACAGAUAUUUCGAGUUUUCCGAUCUUAUUUUAUGGGAAUUGCUUUGUGCAUUAAGAGUUCCUCUUAAGCAUUUGUCAUUGGAUGCAACAAAUCAUUACGCAGUAGACGAUUCAAACCCAGUGGAUUUCAGCAGAAUUAUACAAUCCUUUUCUGAAACACUCGAGACUCUUUCUCUUACAGGGUUUUUAUAUAGAGAGGUGGACCAGAAUUCAGUCAUGGAAAUACCCUCUUACUGCCCGUUUUUGACAAACCUUUGCAUCAGCGGCAGCGAUGUGUCGCUUUAUAUAGAUGACAUAUUGGACAGAUGUGUGGCCCUCAAACAGCUAGAAAUUUGUGGUGGAAGAUUGUUAAUUAAGUCAAGAACGACAACUGAAGAGACAGAUCAGCAUCAGCAUAGCCUUCAAUCUUUGACAUUGGAGAAAUGCUCUAUAGCGCCUGAAGUACUUACUUGCAUCUCUUUCAGAUGUAGAAAUCUGAAACGUAUGGAUUUGAGGUCUUUGUGGAUUGGCGAAUCUGUUUGCGAAAAAACCGGAUGUUUGUUAAUCGACAUGUCACAUACUUUCUUAAAGACUUUGAAAAUUGGCCAGGUUCAAUUCCACGGAUCAGACCGAGUACAUAGUUAUGACGAUUGGGCCAGUCUGGUACUCUUAUCUGAAUUACAUGAUAAUCCGCUGUCAAAUGAAAGGGACACAAUAAAAAGAACAGAAAUAGAUUCAAACUACCCGAGAACAGAAUGUAACAAUAUCACAUGGCUCUACACAUAUAAUGAUAUGGCAUAUACUGGGGAAGAGACCCUAAACACUACAGAAAUUUCAAAGGAUGAAGCCAAUAUUGCGAUUGAAUACUAUAAAAACUUUCAAUCCAACCAAAUCGAUGCGAUUUCAAUUGAUGACAGCUCGUAUAAUGGAGACGACCUGACUGACGCCUGGAAGUAUGAACUUUACAAAGGUUACGCCGAACUAAGAUUUGGCAAAAUUCAAUACCGUCCUUAUAUAUGUGAAUCAGAUUUUGUCGAGCGUUAUUACACUACUCUUUGCCUCUCUCAAUCCUUUGGUGGCCUUGAGAUUCUGAGUCCACGCAAAAUCCAAGCCUUUCUACAGUUUUGCUGGCUCAUUCCAUCCCUCCGGCAAAUACGUCUACGCUUUCACUCUCCAUUCUAUGGAUCCGUUCCUACCUUGUGUCCUUGGUCUGUUCUCCCUCCUGUCUACCAUAUGAUCCACUCUAUAUCUUCUUUUCCCCACCUUUCCAGUCAUCCCUGUGUCUUCUUCGCCGCCGCUCUUUCGCUUUGUUCUUCAAUACUUUCGAUUAUAUAUCCCAAUCUCGGCAUGCCAGUGAAUUGUCGCUGGCGUCCUGUCUGGCGCUUCUUCUCAAUUACAUAUGGUACCCAGUCUCAUCUUCUUAUGUCAUUCCUCAAGGUUUUGGACACUGCAUUUCCCGGUGAUCCGUUCAAGGCCUCUCUCUUUGCUUCGUCUUUCAUCCAAUUUUUUUCUUCGCAAUCUUUCCAUAUUCACCGCGUAAACACCAUUCCUAAGCGUCGUCCUAGAUCUCACACACCUAUCCUUCUUGCUGAACCGUAUUAUGCCCACCAUCGUUGUAAUCCCAGAAUGACACCUAUCCCUGCACCUCCUCUAGACCCCCAAACACCCAAACACCUUAUGAUACCUACUCUAACCAGUAGUCUCCUCUAUUUUAAACGUGCAAUUUCCGAAUAUAUGACCCCUCCUUCCCAGCUCCCAAGCCCUCGGGGCCGUUUUACAGGCAGUUUGGCAUUGAAGCGACUUGAGGAAAGUAAUGGGGAAGCAGGCGAGACGAAGGUCAUGCCACAGAGUAGCGGGAAUGAAAAUGUUAACAAUCGUUGCUCGACCACAAAUCGAGGGAAAGUAUUGUGGGUUAAUGUUGAGAAAGAUGCAGGCGGUGGUAAGAAACCGGUUGGCGGCGUGGUUGCGUUAGGCAGGGGAUUGAAGUAG